AGGCCUUUCAGACGUGGGCUGAGCUGAGGAGCUAGGGCGAGCUCCCAGGCUGCUGCGAACUCUCUUCUGGAUCAGCCACCUAGAGGCGACUUUGGUGAGCGCGCGGCGCCCUGGUGGCUCCCCGCCCUCCCCUCUGAUCAUGUUGACAUAAACGCAGGACAGGCCGUAGUACCGCGCGGCGCAGCGACGUUCCAGUUUCCGACACCUUCUUUUUAUAACUCGGCUCUAUUCCCCCAGCACUCGACCUGUGAAAACCACGCCUAUGCAGCCACACAAUUGGUCCGAAAGCGUCAAAGAGCCAAUCAACAAGCCUCGGGCUCCUGCAGCCCACAGCGCAGCCCGACCGUCCAGAGCCGCCGAGCAGACGCCCGGGGAAUUCUAGAGGCGGAGGAGGGUGGCGAGGUGCUCUCUCUCUCUGUCUUUUUUUUUCUCUCUCUCUCUCCCUCCCUUUACUCGCCUACUCUAGCUCCCAAUCACUCCUCUCUCUUCUUUCCUAUAUUUUUCUUUCUUUCUUUUUUUUUUUUUGCACCCGUCUUCUUGAUCCUCCCUCGCCCUGCGUGCCCGGACGCCGAUUUUUUUUUUAAUUUAUUAUUUUUAGGAAAGCGAUUUCGCUCACGUUUUUUUUUAGCACAAGGAAGACAGCCGGGUCCCCGAGGCAGAAGAUCGCAGGCACCAUUCGAUCGCCACCCAGACACUGCGCGCAGCCCGGAGCCAGAGAGGAGGAUCGCGAACCGAAGCCAGCUUCGCAGUUCGAGUUUUGAAAGCGCCGCUGGAAAGGGGCUUAAAUCGCUUUUUUUUUUUUUUUUUUUUUAAAGGAGAGACUUUUUCUCCCCCCUGAUCUCGCUGCCUGUGAAAGCCAAAGUCUAGCUCAACUAAGACGCCUCCUGCGAGAAAGCCAGAGAAGAGCUAGGGGGCGGGGGGAGGAAUCGAAAAAAAGGUUAAAAAAAAAAAAGUCUCGGAGAACCUUGCGCUUUGGCAACAAAGAGCGUGGGAGCCGGGGAGCCACCCCGGGAAAGGGCUGCUGUGUCUAUUUCCAGCUAAGCCACAGGGCUCGGGCGCCAGUCGAGCCCUUGCUUGCUGCUUGCCCUACUGAAACCGACUUCCAGGAGCGGCUUUUCCAACACACUCAACGCACCAGGACAGCCCUUGCAGCAGCUAUGUCUCCCGAUCUGUCGCCUUGUCCUCUUUAAAAGCGGUGUUCUUUUUCCCCCCAAAGACACUUUCCCCCUCCCCUUCAAACGCUUUAUAUGUAAUUUGCCCCGCUUUUUUAAUUUUAAACAAAACUAUGUGUCGCUGUUGAAUUUUUAAUUAUUAUUUUUGAAAAGAAACAACAAAAGCGGAGCCAAGCCAGCUGCUGCGGACUGGUUCCCUGUCUGGAGUGGAUGAGCCUCUCCAUGAGAGAUCCGGUUAUCCCUGGGACAAGCAUGGCCUAUCAUCCGUUCCUACCUCACCGGGCGCCGGACUUCGCCAUGAGCGCGGUGCUGGGCCACCAGCCGCCUUUCUUCCCCGCGCUAACGCUGCCUCCCAACGGCGCCGCGGCGCUCUCGCUGCCCGGAGCCCUGGCCAAGCCCAUCAUGGAUCAGUUAGUAGGGGCUGCUGAGACCGGCAUCCCUUUCUCAUCCCUGGGACCCCAGGCACAUCUGAGGCCUCUGAAGACCAUGGAACCCGAAGAAGACGUAGAAGACGACCCCAAGGUGCACCUGGAGGCCAAGGAACUUUGGGACCAGUUUCACAAGCGGGGUACAGAGAUGGUCAUUACGAAGUCAGGAAGGCGAAUGUUCCCUCCAUUUAAAGUGAGGUGCUCUGGACUGGAUAAAAAGGCCAAGUAUAUUUUAUUGAUGGACAUUAUAGCUGCUGAUGACUGUCGAUAUAAAUUUCACAAUUCUCGGUGGAUGGUGGCCGGUAAGGCAGACCCUGAAAUGCCAAAGAGAAUGUACAUACACCCGGACAGCCCCGCUACGGGGGAGCAAUGGAUGUCCAAAGUCGUCACUUUCCACAAACUGAAACUCACCAACAAUAUAUCGGAUAAACACGGAUUUACUUUGGCCUUCCCAAGCGAUCACGCAACGUGGCAGGGGAAUUAUAGUUUUGGGACCCAGACUAUACUAAACUCCAUGCAUAAGUACCAGCCGCGGUUCCAUAUCGUCAGAGCCAACGAUAUCCUGAAACUGCCUUACAGUACUUUUCGAACAUACCUGUUCCCGGAAACAGAAUUCAUUGCUGUUACUGCCUAUCAGAAUGACAAGAUAACUCAGUUAAAAAUAGACAACAAUCCUUUUGCAAAGGGUUUUCGGGACACUGGCAAUGGCAGGAGAGAAAAAAGAAAGCAGCUCACCCUGCAGUCCAUGAGGGUGUUUGAUGAGAGGCACAAGAAAGAGACUGGGACUUCGGAUGAGUCCUCUAGUGAGCAGGCAACCUUCAACUGCUUUGCCCAGGCCUCCUCUCCCGCUGUGUCCACCGUGGGGACAUCCAACCUCAAAGAUCUGUGCCCCAGCGAAGCCGAGAGUGACGCCGAGGCUGAGAGCAAGGAGGAUCACGGCCCCGAGGCUUGUGACGCGGCCAAGAUUUCCACCACCACGGCCGAGGAGCCAGGCCGCGACAAGGGCAGCCCGGCCACCAGGGCGCAGCUGUUCCCUGCGGAACCCAGCCGGGCCCGCGACACCGCGCGUCUGGACAAGGCAUCGCCAGACUCGCGCCACAGCCCGGCCACCAUCUCGUCCAGCACGCGCGUUCCGGGAGCGGAUGAGCGCCGGAGUCCCGGGCGUGAGGGUCCAGUCGUCACCAAGGUGGAUGAGGCGCGCGCGAUGCCUGCCAAGGACGCCUUCGCUCCACUGUCGGUGCAGACAGACGCCACCGCGCACCUAGCGCAGGGGCCCCUCCCGGGCUUGGGUUUUGCCCCAGGCCUAGCCGGCCAGCAGUUCUUCAACGGGCACCCUCUCUUUCUGCACCCGGGCCAGUUUGCCAUGGGCGGCGCCUUCUCCAGCAUGGCUGCAGGCAUGGGGCCCCUGCUGGCCACAGUAUCCGGGGCAUCCUCCGGCGUCUCAGGCCUGGAUUCCACAGCCAUGGCCUCUGCUGCUGCAGCGCAGGGACUGUCCGGGGCGUCGGCUGCCACCCUGCCCUUCCACCUCCAACAACACGUUCUGGCCUCUCAGGGCUUGGCCAUGUCCCCUUUCGGGAGCCUGUUUCCUUAUCCCUACACAUACAUGGCUGCAGCUGCUGCAGCCUCCUCCGCGGCCGCCUCCAGCUCCGUGCAUCGCCACCCGUUCCUCAAUCUGAACAGCAUGCGCCCAAGGCUGCGUUACAGCCCCUACUCCAUCCCCGUUCCGGUGCCCGAUAGCAGCAGCUUGCUGGCCACUGCACUACCUUCCAUGGCUUCUGCCGCGGGGCCCCUAGACGGCAAAGCGGCCGCCCUGGCAGCCAGCCCAGCCUCGGUGGCUGUGGACUCGGGGUCGGAACUGAACAGUCGCUCGUCCACGCUGUCCUCCAGCUCAGUGUCCUUGUCACCCAAACUCUGCUCGGAGAAAGAGGCGGCUACCAGCGAACUGCAGAGCAUCCAGCGGCUGGUCAGUGGCUUGGAAGCCAAGCCAGACAGGUCCUGCAGCGGUUCCCCUUAAAAAACAAAACAAAAACAAAAAUGCCCCCUCCCCCAAGGUCUCUCCAUUCCAAUUUGGUCAAAUCUGCCAGUGCACUUUGUUAGAUGUAAAAUAAACCACGGGCCUUCCACAUGGAGUGACCCUCCAACCCUUUCAGUUUUGUCUGGGAAGGUGCACUACAGUCCUUCCAGAGAGCUUGCUAGAGACUAUAGGCAUUGCCUUCUGGGCUGCGUCACCAGGCUGCUGUUGUAUUGAGACUCCGGGCUAAGAGGGGGCGUGAGGGGGGCGGGCAAACAGGCUUUUGUGUCUCGAGCGACUUCUGUGCAGGCUGGUGUGGAAGUUGUGGCUGAAGAACAAGAUAGCCAGGCCGGCCAGGAGCGCGGGUCUUUAAGAGGCUUCACCCAAAUCUUUCCCCGCUCUCCCCUUCGUGUGGAAACAUUUCCCCCCUAAACAAACUAACAAUCAAAACCAAUAUGGGGCGGGGGUGAAGUCCCGUGGAACUGUCUGUGAAGGCUGAAGCUCACCAAUUGCUGAGUCCUUUCGCUGGGGCAGGGAGAGGAGGGGCCUUAUCCUUGCCCCGUCUAUAUUAAAGGAAUCCUGUGUCUUUUUUUUUUUUUUUUUUUUUUUAAAGAUUGUGAUGUUUUAGGAGCCGAUGCUGGCUUCUUUUUUGCAUGUUGCAGUUUUCUAGGGUUUAUUUUGUUUUUGUUUUUGUUUUCCCUUUUACGGAAAAACAACGGAAGUCCCAUUAUCCUCAACCUUGCUCAAGUCGGCAACCGGGAGGAAGUGGGGUGAAAGGGGGAGCUAUGGGCGUGAAACCAACCGAGUUUAUUUUACCUAAGCGCUGUAGAGGGCUUCGUGUGCCUGUUGGACCAUUAGUUCUUUUAACUGUAUAUGCAAUAACAAGGUUUUAAAAGGAAUAAUAAAGAGGAAACACGACUAUUGGACAAAGUAUUUAUGUAAUUAUUUGAUAUCUCUUGUAAAUAGGUGGAAUAUGACUGCUUAGAAAGUUAAACUUUAAUUUAUUGACCUGUACAUAGCUGGAUGUAAAUAGGAGCGUGUCUGUCAGGUUUUAUUCUUGUUUUGCCUUUUGGGACUUAUUUCCAGGUCAGAAGAUGGCUAAUCUACACUAACAAGCCUAGGCUUCUAUAUUCGCAUCUCUGUGCUUUCAAGUAGAGCUGGCUGCAAAGUUUUUUGUUUGUUUGCUUUUAAUGUCCAAGAGCUGAUGGAGGGGGUGAGGUCCAGAGUACUCUUUCCUAUUUUCAUCAACACCGGGGAGGUAUUGGCCCUUCCGGGCUCCACUUGAAAUUCCCUUAAACUCUUGACACCCCCAGAGGGGAUGAGAUUGUUGUGCCCUGCGGAGGCCACCAUAUAACGUUCCUAAUUUUUCAUAGACUCUGGCAUCUUCUAACCCAAGUGAGGCUUUCAUUGUUCAUCUUGAUGGUGUUUUGGAUUGGUGUAUGGAGAGGGACUCAGUUCAAAAGACCGUGAAAGGCAAAACAAAACAAAAUUAAAAAAAAAACAAAAAACAAAACAAAAACAAAAAAAAGCAAGAAAGCGUAUUUUGUGUUUAGUCCUUGAUGAGUUUUCUGUAAUUCUCCCCCUCUUUAAAAACAUCACUGAAAUUUCAAUAAAUUUUUAUUGAAAUGA